AUGCCAGCAGAAAUACAAAAAUCUCACUGUGUUAAAUGCGGAAAAGAAAGAUUCACGUCGACGUGUUCUGGUUGUUUACAAGAUUUUUGUUUCGAUCAUUUGACAAUGCAUCAGCAAGAAUUGAAUCGUCAACUGGAUCAUUUAGAAUUGAAACGUGACCUUUUUCAAGAAACGUUUAACGACGAAAUUAAUUUACCGGAUAAAUAUUCUUUAAUUAAGCAAAUUGAACAAUGGGAAGAAAAAUCAAUCGAGUUAAUUCAUGAAACAGCAAAUCAAUGUAAAGAGAUUCUGUUUAAACAUACCAAUGAAUAUUUUCAUCAAAUCGAUAUUUGUUUUAUGAAACUAACUGAACAGUUGAGGAAACUUCGACAACAAAAUGAUUUUAACGAAAUCGAUUUGAAUUAUUUCAAAGAUAAACUUAAAAAAUUACAACAACAAUUCGAUCGUUCACCAAAUAUUUACAUUCAACAACAUCCGACCGAAUUUAUCAGUCAAAUUUCUGUUUUAGCUUCUUUUGGAAAAUUUGUUCCAUCAUUGAGAAUCGCAAAUAAUAGUCGAUGGAAAGAAUUUGGGGCAACGGUCGCUGGUGACAUUGAAGACAAUAAUGAAUUACAUUCUCCUUAUGGACUCUGUAUUGAUGAUAAUUAUGGAACAGUUUAUAUCGCUGAUUGUGGAAAUCAUCGAAUCAUUGAAUAUAAAUGUGGAAUUAAUGGUGAAGUGAUUGUGGGAGGCAAUGGCGAGGGAAAUCGAAUGGAUCAAUUAAAUUAUCCAACGGAUGUUAUUCUUGAUAAAAGAAAUGAUUCAUUAAUUAUUUGUGACUAUCGAAAUUGUCGCGUUGUUCGAUGGUUUCGUGGAGACGAAAGAAAUUUCGAGACAAUUAUUUCGAAUAUUAAUUGUUGGGGAAUAACAAUGGAUAAUAAUGGUGAUCUUUACGUUUCAGAUUGGAAAAAUAAUGAAGUUAGAAAAUGGAAACAAGGCAACUUAGAAGGAGUCAUUGUUGCGGGAGGAAACGGAGAAGAUUAUUCAAUUUAUAUUUCCGAUACGUUGAACCAUCGGGUAGUGAAAUGGUUUAAAAAUUCUACUGCCGGAAUUGUUGUUGCAGGCGGGCGUGGGCCGGGAAAUCAUCUGCAACAGUUGUCUUUUCCACGUGGAAUUAUUGGGGAUCAUUUAGGUAAUAUUUAUAUUGCUGAUUCAGGCAAUGAUCGCGUCGUACGUUGGCUAAAAGAUGCACGUCAAGGUACAAUCGUUGUUGGAGGCAGUGGAAAAGGAAAUGAUGCUGAUCAAUUUAAUAGUCUCAAAGGAAUUACAUUCGAUCGGCAUGGGAAUCUGUUUGUCGCUGAUAAAGAUAAUCAUCGAGUACAAAAAUUCGAUAUUCAAUACGAAUAA